AUGCCGCACCUCCCAUCUUCCACCAGCCAUCUGGCAGCUACCUACCGCACCUGGGCCCAGCUGCAGGAUUUCAAGGCCAACCCCUCGCUUGCCUUGGAUGGAAACAGCCUAGACAUUGCUGCUGUGGUGGCGGUCGCAUUUCAUGGCUGCGUGCCGCAUCUCUCAUCAGACCCUGAGGUGAUCGACAACAUCAACGCAAGUGUCCGAGUGUUGAUGGAGCAUCUGGACCAGGGGUACUCCAUCUAUGGCGUCAACACGGGCUUUGGCGGCAGUGCGGAUUCGCGCACCCACCAGACCACCUCCCUGCAAGCUGCCCUGCUACAGCACACUCAAGCCGGCAUCCUCAUUGCCUCUGACAAGGACCCGGACCACACUCCCGGGAUUCCGGGCUCCCACUCGAUGCCUUCCGCCUGGGUGCGUGCCGCCAUCGCCGUGCGCGCCAACACCAACGCCCGCGGCCACAGCGCCGUCACCAUUCCCGUGCUCGACGGCCUCCUCCGGCUGCUUGCUCACCGCAUCACCCCGAUCGUGCCCCUCCGGGGAUCUGUCUCCGCCUCGGGCGACUUGAUGCCGCUGUCCUACAUCGCCGGCGCCAUCGAAGGUAGCCCCGACAUCUACGUUCGGGUGGGUGACGGGCCCAGCGCCCGCAUCAUGACGGCCCGUGACGCUCUCCUGGCUGCCAACCUCCCCCGCUGUACCAUGGGUCCAAAAGAAGGACUCGGGCUCUUGAAUGGCACCGCUGUCAGCACUGCCGUGGCCAGUCUCGCUCUUCACGAAGCCCAUCUCCUUGCAGUCACAUCCCAAGCCCUGACCGCCAUGGGCGUCGAGGCCCUCACGGGAACCGUCGAAUCCUUUCACCCGUUCAUCCACGCCGCACGCCCGCACCCCGGCCAAAUCGAAAGUGCCGCCAACAUUCUUUCCCUGCUUCAAGGUUCCUACCUCGCCGCUGGCACCCACCCCACGGACCCGAAACCCCGCACGCGGGCAGGACUGAUCCAAGACCGUUACGCCUGGCGCAGCGCGCCGCAAUGGCUCGGGCCGCAGCUCGAGGAUCUCACCCUGGCGGACAAACAGCUGCAGACGGAACUCAACUCCAGCAGCGACAACCCACUCAUUUGUACGGCGAGCGCUCAGAUCUACACCGGCGCCAACUUCCAAGCCGCCUCCGUCACCUCCGGCAUGGAAAAGACCCGUCUCGCGCUCCAAAUGAUCGGCCGGCUCAUCUUCGCCCAAGCCACUGAGCUCAUCGACCCAAGCUACAACAACGGCCUCCCCACGAACCUCGUCUUCGACGACGUCAGUCUCAGCUUCACCAUGAAAGGCGUAGACACCAGCCUCGCUGCAUACAUGGCGGAGCUUGCCUGGACAGCACACCCAAUCAGCGCGCACGUCCAAGCCGCCGAGAUGCACAACCAAGCGGUCAACAGCCUGGCCCUGAUUUCAGCCCGAUGCACCAUGCAAGCAAUAGAGUUGGUAUCGUUGAUGUCGGCGGCGUAUCUGUAUGUUGCCUGCCAGGCGGUGGAUUUGCGGGCAUUGCAUAUGGCGGUCCUGAAAGGAAUCACGACCCGCGUGGCGAAAGUGACCCGGGAGGUAUUCGAGUCCUCAUUGAACGACCACCUAGUCGACAGAGUGGUUGACGCCGUGACUACCGCCUGGCCCACCACCACCCGACUCCCCAUUGCCGAACGAUGCCGCCAGGCUGUGCAGGCCGCGGUCCCGAUGUUUGUCGACGCCACCACCACCACCACCACCCCUACAGCGGAGCUGCGCCUAGUCGACGUGAGUGGCUGGCAGCAGCGGGCCAUAUCUGCAGUCAUAGACGUGUAUCACACCACGGCGGCUCGGUUCGUCGAGCACCCGCAUACCGCGGAUCUCCUCGGCGCGGGAGCCAAGGUUCUCUACACUACGGUCCGGCAGGACCUCAAGGUCCCCUUCCACCGUGGAUUCGUAGAACAUCCCACCGCGCAAUGUGGAGAGCUAGAUGGACGACCAAAGAAGACCAUCGGGUCAUGGAUCUCAGUGAUCUACGAGGCAUUGCGCCGAGGAGACGUGCAGGGACCGGUGUUGGCCACAUUGCGCGAACUGGGAUAGACGAGACACCAUUCAGAGGGAACAUGGGGUUGAAUGAGAAUAAACGGACGGGGGAUGCAUAUGCCUACGAUGGCCUGGUUAGAGAUGUUAGACACGUCAUGCAUGUAGUCCAGAAUGUACUCUAGAAGCUCAUCACAAUCGCAUGGCCUGAUUCGGGAGGAAAAAAGAGAUCGAAUGCUUGUUUAUGUCUUGGAGAACUCAAUCCUCGUGCAGAGUAUGAAUG